UGAAUUUUUCCCACGAGUCGUUCGUCUAUACGUACCAUAGUCAGUGUUUCUCGAUGUAGGAUUUCUUGUAUAAUCUUUGUGAAGAAUUAUGGCGUCCAUAAUUUUUAAGAAUAUUCUGUCGAGGGUGCAACAAUUGCAGACGUUACCACUCAAGUGUUGUAUUUCUACAUUUCCUUCUCUGAGAUACUCUUCUCAACCCACUACAACUGAAAACCCUACGGAAACGCGACCCACCGUUCGAAAAUGGGACUUCGAAAAAGUCGAACGGUUGAAAGGCUUCGGACAGUACGUCCUUGAAUGUUUAUCAAAGUAUGUACAAAAGGUACAGAUCGUAACAGGAGACGAGCUAGAGAUUUUAAUCGCACCCGAGGGUAUCGUUCCGACGAUAUCAUUCCUGAAAGAUCAUCAUACCGCUCAGUUCAUCUCACUAGCGGAUAUUACAGCCCUGGACGUUCCAAGCAGGCAAUAUCGAUUUGAACUUGUAUACAAUCUUCUGUCCUUACGUUUUAAUUCGAGGGUGAGGGUUAAAACGUAUACGGAUGAACUUACACCGGUAGAUUCGAUUUAUCGUGUCCACAAAGCCGCAGAUUGGUACGAGCGAGAAAUAUAUGACAUGUUUGGCAUAUUCUUUGCCGAUCAUCCCGAUCUACGCAGAAUACUCACCGAUUAUGGCUUUGAAGGACAUCCAUUAAGGAAAGAUUUUCCUCUGUCUGGAUACAUGGAGCUUCGAUACGAUGAUGAGAAAAAACGAGUAGUCGCAGAGCCGUUGGAAUUAGCGCAAGAAUUUCGUAAAUUCGAACUAUCUGCCCCGUGGGAACAGUUCCCUAAGUUUAGGCAAAGUCCCCCAUCGAUCGAAGAGGUACCUCAAAAGAAGUAGGUUUUUAUUCGUAUCUUAUACUAGUAUCUUAUAAAAAUAUAUGAAUUAUAGUAAGCAAUUGUUGCGCUCCAGCUUUAUUGCGUUCCUCUUGUAAUGUACCGACGGAUGUAUAAUAAAACGAGGCAAUUGACGAA